GGCCUGCCCUUAGCACGCGGAUUUAAACACAGCCUCCUGCCUUUUGCUUCCUGUACAAGGACCUUCCUUCCCUGCGGUUGCAAGGAAAAGCUGUCUGCGGCGUGGAGCGGAGCAGAGGAGGAGAGAGCAGAAUCUGGCAGCUUGGAUAGCCUGGACUGCAUUGUCUGGCUUCAUGACCCCUGCUGUGUAGCAGUCUCAUCCCCUCUCUCAUACGCUCCCUCUGUCUUCCACUCUUUUUUCUUCUUUCCUUUUUAAAAUAGCAGCAUCUGAGGCGAGCCAUGUUUGGCACUGAAUCGUCAUUGAGUAUGUUCUUGAACACAUUAACCCCCAAGUUCUAUGUUGCCCUGACAGGCACAUCCUCAUUAAUCUCAGGACUUAUUUUGAUCUUCGAGUGGUGGUACUUCCGCAAGUACGGCACCUCCUUCAUCGAGCAGGUCUCGGUGAGCCACCUGCGCCCCCUGCUGGGCGGGGUGGACAACAGCGCGCCCAGCGCCGCCAGCGCCGCGGGCGGGGACGCGGACUCGAACCGCCAGAGCGUCUCAGAGUGCAAAGUCUGGCGAAAUCCCUUAAAUCUGUUCAGAGGAGCUGAAUAUAAUCGGUACACAUGGGUAACAGGAAGAGAACCUUUGACUUACUACGAUAUGAAUCUUUCGGCACAGGACCAUCAGACAUUCUUUACCUGUGACACAGAUCAUUUACGGCCUGCAGAUGCUAUAAUGCAAAAAGCCUGGAGAGAGAGAAACCCUCAAGCCCGAAUUUCUGCAGCACAUGAAGCUUUGGAAUUGAAUGAGUGUGCUACUGCUUAUAUUCUCUUAGCUGAAGAGGAAGCAACAACAAUUGUAGAGGCAGAGAAGCUGUUCAAGCAGGCUCUGAAAGCUGGAGAGGGCUGUUACAGGCGCAGCCAGCAGCUACAGCACCAUGGUGCCCAAUAUGAAGCCCAACACAGAAGGGACACCAAUGUGUUAGUAUAUAUUAAAAGAAGGCUGGCAAUGUGUGCAAGGAAGCUGGGAAGGACCAGGGAAGCAGUGAAAAUGAUGAGAGAUUUGAUGAAGGAGUUUCCCCUGCUCAGCAUGUUCAACAUCCAUGAAAACCUGCUAGAGGCUUUGCUGGAACUGCAAGCAUAUGCAGAUGUCCAGGCAGUCUUAGCAAAGUAUGAUGAUAUAAGUUUACCAAAAUCAGCAACAAUAUGCUACACAGCUGCAUUGCUCAAAGCCAGAGCUGUCUCUGACAAAUUUUCUCCAGAGGCUGCUUCAAGGCGAGGGCUGAGCACUGCAGAGAUGAAUGCAGUAGAAGCUAUUCACAGAGCAGUAGAAUUUAAUCCACAUGUGCCAAAAUAUCUACUAGAAAUGAAAAGCCUAAUUCUGCCCCCUGAACAUAUUCUGAAGAGAGGGGACAGUGAAGCAAUAGCAUAUGCUUUCUUUCAUCUUCAACACUGGAAAAGAGUAGAGGGGGCAUUGAACCUCUUACACUGUACAUGGGAAGGCACUUUCAGAAUGAUCCCCUAUCCACUGGAAAAAGGACAUCUUUUCUACCCUUACCCUAUUUGUACAGAAACUGCAGAUAGAGAACUACUACCAUCAUUUCAUGAGGUUUCAGUUUAUCCCAAGAAGGAGCUUCCCUUCUUCAUCCUCUUCACUGCUGGACUCUGUUCUUUCACAGCCAUGCUCGCCCUCCUGACACAUCAGUUCCCAGAGCUCAUGGGGGUCUUUGCAAAAGCUUUUCUCAGCACCCUCUUCGCCCCUUUAAAUUUUGUGAUGGAAAAAGUGGAAAGUAUCCUGCCCUCCAGCCUGUGGCACCAGCUGACAAGGAUCUGAGGGAGCAUGCCAGACUGACUGCUAUGACAUCUCUGCCAACUUUCUGUUGACCACAAGAAAGCAUGAUAAAAAAAGGGAAGCAGUUAUAAGACUUAAAAACUUUUCAUGGAUUGUCUGUUCUCAUAUAAAAACUGUUUUGUUGUACAAAAUACAUUGAUGUUAGGUUCUAUUAUAUUUUGCCUUCAGAAAAGAAAAAAAUAAACUUUUGUGUAUUGUAGCAUUGC